AGUUUUACCGAAGUUGGCAGCAUCGUUCACGUUAAUAUUAGAAUUAUAAAUAAACAAACCCAAUGUUCACCAGGUGUGUAGUAGCUCGGCUCAGCCGCUUAAAUACACGUUCUGCUACCGCUGCAGGCUAUCACAGCUUAUGCAGGCCAAACACAAACCAAAACCGAGUUCCUAGGGCAACGACGGCCUCUGAAGUCUUCAAUCAAAACAAUGGACCUUUGAGACGGCGGCUUUUUAGCAGCCAAAUCGAGACGGAGAGCUCCCUGGAUACGGCCACCUACGAGCGAGUGUGCUCCGAGACCCUUGACGGCCUGUGUGACUAUUUUGAGGAGCUGACCGAGAACGCCACAGACCUCAUUGGCACCGACGUGGCCUAUGGCGAUGGUGUGCUCACAGUGAAUCUGGGCAAGAGCCACGGCACCUAUGUGAUCAACCGCCAGACGCCCAACAAGCAGAUCUGGCUAAGUUCCCCCACCAGCGGUCCCAAGCGCUUCGAUUACGUUGGCACACCCAAGGCCGGCAAGUGGAUAUACAGGCACACAGGCCAGUCGCUGCACCAGUUGUUGCAGCUCGAAAUACCAAAUAUUGUAAAGUCCCAGACCGUGGACUUUAUGCGGUUGCCCCACUGUAGUUAAGAAUUUAGUUCCUUGAUAACAUAAAAAGAGUUGAUCGAUUACCGCUUUA